CCACGCCUGAUUAUUUCUUCCGCGUGCGUGAAAUAGGCUGGCUACGCCAGACUAAUCAUGGUACGAGUUUUAUGUUUCGGUGACAGUCUCACGGAAGGCUUCACGUUUCAGGAGAGCGGGGAGUUCCAUCCCUACUCCAUCGCCCUCAGACGACACCUCCAGGAUCACGGCCACGGCUCGGCGGAGGUGGACACCGCGGGGGUGUCUGGUGAGCGUGUCGUUCCGUCCAUGCCUUGCCGUUUGGACCGCAUCUUGAACGAGGCCGCUCAGCCGUACGACUGGGUUAUCAUUCUGGGUGGGACGAACGACAUCUGCUCGGGUCUCCGGGCUGAAGAUAUUCUCCCGUCUCUUCUUGGUCUUCAUGACAGUGCCAAAACGAACGGGAGCACGAGGACCCUGGCCCUGGCUCUCCCGCAGUUCCUCGACGAACUGACACCGGGGAACGAGGACGGCCAGAAGAGGGAGAAGGCCAAGUUGAACGAGGGACUCAAGGCCUACAGCGAGGGGUCUGGUGGCUCCACUCUGUGGGUUGACCUGUGGAAUGGUCUCCCGUUUGGCUCCCUGCCAAAAGAGGAGAGGGAACUGUACUGGGCGGAUCGUGCCCACAUGACUCCCAGAGGAUAUGACAGGAUGGCAGGAGUCAUAUUUGACUGUUUAAAUCAGCAUCUUGACUAGUGUCUGGCAAAACCAAGCUCACGCAGUUGCUUAUUUUCCUGCUUUAGUGCUGCGUGUGCAACAAUUGGCUACUAUGAGGAUCAUUGCUGUCACACACACACUCAGCCAAACUACUUGAGGGAUUGUGGAGGUUUUCUUGGUCUAUGUAUAUAUAGCUACUCAAGGAAAAUGCAUGGUGGAAGAGUGCUCCAAUCACACAACUGAGUAUGUACAGUACACAGUGGUGGCAGAAACAGUAGGCGUUGUUGAGCAAAACGAUCUCUGGCAAUCACGAAGAGACUCAUAUACUCCAUAUACAUCACUGCAAGUGAUUUAUUGUCUGAUGUAUACAUGGCAGUGACAAAACGGCAUGUACAAAUAGACCGACCGUUACCCUAUCAAUAAAGGAUGGUGAAAGUAUCUGUCCGUUUCACCCAAUAACUCUGCGCUGUGUCGUAAACACAACUCAUCACCAAACAACGUCGUUUCUCUCGUGGAAGUGUGCUGAAAACAGUGAUGAAAAUGUUGUUCUCUGUGAUCCUAUCCUAAACUUUGACUGUGGUUUUGGGAUAGUUGAAAAUGUGACUGGGUCCUGCGAGUGUAAUGAUGCCCUCAUAGUGUCUGAGGCUACCUUCACUGCCAAGUCUACCGAUGCCAGAACCCUCAUUUGCAGUGAUGGAACACAAGAAGAGGAAAUUUCUGUUGCGCCAACAGUGUUAUACACUCCAGUCUUGCGAUAUACCAUGAUACACAGUGACAAAGAGACUCGAAACCUGCGACAUGUAAGCAUAAAGUGGACGACACCUGACCGUACCAAAAAGGACAUGGAAUAUAAGCUGUCAAUCAAAGAUGAUUCCCGCACCACAAACUGGACCACUGAAGUUCCACACAUAAAUCUUAAUCUAACAGUUGGAGUACUCUACACUGCUACCGUGUUUUCUCAGCGCUGUAAUGGGGGUCUUAGAAGCAAUUUUAGUGUUCCCCUUGACAUCUUCCUUGAAGAAAUUCGGGUACCAGAAAGUUCAAAGAUUCCAGAUAGCACAUCAGGAAAUCCAAAGCAGACAUCGGGAGGAUCUACAUCAAAAAGAUCAGAUUUUCCAGUUGGUGAGGUUGUUGGCGGUGUGGUUGGUGGUGUGGUAGUUGUUGCAGUUGUUCCAGUUGUUCCAGUUGUCAUCAUAAUUAUUUGUGUAAUUCUGGUUUACAAAAGAAGGAAUAAAAGAUGUGCAGAGAAUGGUGAAAAUUUCGAAAUGCUAGCAUCAUUGGAGCUUGAUGAGAGCGGAGUUGGAGACUAUGUUGGAGAACAACUCACUGAAACUGAGAAGAGAGGUAUUGUGACAGUAAAGAAAGAUGAAAACCGAAAGAAAAGUGGCGUUGGUGGACUUUGUAUAGAUGGGAAUAAAACCUACUAUUCUUGCUGUGAAAAAUACGAAAGUAAAGCAGAGGAAAUGUAUACACUUCAUGUACUUAAACCAGAUGGAGAAUUGAUUCUUGGCGGGUUCAAACACAUACGAGGGAUUGAAAAAGAUAGCAAUAACUGUUACUACGUUGUAGAUAGCUCUCACAAACGGGUGUUGAAGUUUGACAGUAACUGGAACCCACUGCGCAGAACAAGUCGAAAUUCUACGGAAUACGGCACCGUUUUGAGUGAACCGUUUGGGAUUCUAGCAACUCAAGAGUACGUUUUCGUCUGCGCAUACAGAAACAAGCAGAUUUGCAUAUUCGACCACGAACUGAGUCUGCAUUACAGGAUCACUCACGAUUACCUUCUCUCGGGUCCAACAGACAUUGCAGUGUUUCGUAACACAUUCUUUGUCACCAUCAAAAGCUCAAUCAUUGUGUUUCAAAUCGACUUUGACAGCAAGACAUAUAAGGCAAUGAAGAUGGAUAGCUUUGUAACGAACAGAAAAACCGAGAUUUUCAAACAAGCACUCGAACUAAGAGGGAUCUGUGCCUGCAAGCAAUAUCUCUAUGUCGCAGAGAGUAGUGGGCGUUUACUGUGCUUGGAGUAUGAUUUCGAAAAUUCCCGGUUGGUGUAUGUUGAUUCGAUCCCAAAAUGUUGCCCUGUUGUUGUUGUCCAUGAUGCUGGGACAAUUUACUAUAGUCGACGUACCACUGAAGGGAAGUUUACCAUCGCUAGAGUACAUCAUGAUUCAGUAACCAAUAAAAUGGAAACUAAAGAUCUUCUUACCAUAGAUUAGAUGUAUUUUGUAUCGUCUUUGUUUUUAAGAUUCGGUAGUAUUUGACUAUAGACACAGUUUUUUUAGCACUCUAUAUUGCACUCGAUACCCAUCCUCAUCCAUUUUUGAUUCUGUGGUGUGUACUUAGCUAAGGCAUCAAAUUUUGUAACAGACAAAUGUGCAUGCUGCUGUCAUUAGUGCUCAAACUUUACAGUGCAAUUGUAUUUGUGAU